AACAUGUCGAUCAAGUGUCAAAGCCACUAAACAAAAAUUGUCUCUCCAUUAAUACAUUUAAGCGUUUUCCUCCGUAGUAACCUCUAAAUGUCUUUUAUUCUUCUUGAUUUCUUCCGCAUUUUUCAAAUAAAGAAAAUUAUUCGUAAACUUUUCUAGGUGAUAAAAGGUCAGCUCCGCUUUAAUAAUAUUAUCACUUCGGUAUUAUUAGUAUUAUUCUUGGGAUUCUUAGCAGUGAUAUUUAUGAUAAUCCUGUUAUAGUAUUAUUUAUAUUCUACAAUAUUCGAGUAAUAUUCGGAUUCACUAAAAGGUUAUCAACACUUCCAUCCGUUCCCGAAAUUAUUUAACUCGUGGUUUAAUUUGGACACGAAAAUAUUUUGUUUAGUCACUUUGACUGAUUCCCACUUUUAUCGGUUAUAAUUUCGAUAGUGGUUGAUGAUGGAGUAUUCCUAAGACAGGAAAAUAACUAUGGGGGACAUAGAACUAUGUGGCUCCAGUGACAACUCCUUAGGGGGUCCAAGCUUAGACGAUGAAGAAAAAGUAGUUAUUGUGGGCGUUUGUGCAAUGUCCAAGAAGUCCCAAAGCAAACCUAUGAAAGAAAUACUCACCAGACUGCAAGAAUUUGAAUACAUAAAAGUAACAGUUUUCCCUGAAGAUGUGAUUUUAAAUAAAGCAGUUGAAGAAUGGCCAGUUUGUGACUGUCUCAUAUCAUUUCAUUCAAAAGGUUUUCCUCUGGAUAAAGCUAUACAGUAUGCCCAAUUACAUAACCCAUAUGUCAUCAAUAAUUUACAUAUGCAAUAUGAUAUUCAAGAUAGGAGGAAGGUGUAUUCUAUACUAGAAUCAGAAGGAAUUGAAAUACCUAGAUAUGCUGUGUUAGAUAGGGAUAGUCCUGAUCCAAAACAUCAUGAACUGGUAGAGUCUGAAGAUCAUGUGGAGGUUAAUGGUAUUGUUUUCAAUAAACCAUUCGUUGAAAAACCUGUAUCUGCAGAGGAUCAUAACAUAUACAUUUACUAUCCUACAUCUGCAGGCGGUGGUAGCCAACGCCUCUUCCGCAAGGGUUUCUAUUAUUCUCAGAUUGGCAGCAGAAGUAGCGUGUAUUCGCCUGAAUCUAGAGUUCGAAAAACUGGCAGUUAUAUUUAUGAAGAUUUUAUGCCCACCGAUGGCACGGAUGUAAAGGUUUAUACUGUUGGACCAGAUUAUGCUCAUGCAGAAGCCCGAAAAUCACCAGCUCUAGAUGGAAAAGUCGAAAGGGACAGAGAGGGCAAAGAAAUAAGAUAUCCUGUGAUUUUGAACAAUGCUGAAAAAUUAAUUUCUAGGAAAGUUUGCUUGGCAUUCAAACAAGCUGUAUGUGGAUUCGAUUUACUCCGAGCAAACGGCAAAUCUUUCGUAUGCGAUGUGAAUGGUUUUAGUUUCGUAAAAAAUUCCAACAAGUACUAUGACGAUUGUGCUAAAAUUUUAGGAAAUAUGAUUCUGAGAGAAUUAGCACCAACCCUUCACAUUCCAUGGUCAGUUCCAUUUCAGUUGGAUGACCCACCAAUUGUACCUACCACUUUUGGAAAAAUGAUGGAGCUCAGAUGUGUAGUUGGAGUUAUAAGACAUGGUGAUAGAACGCCUAAGCAAAAGAUGAAAGUUGAAGUUAGACAUCCCAAGUUUUUUGAAAUAUUUGAAAAGUAUGAUGGUUACAAACAUGGCCAUGUAAAACUCAAAAGACCAAAACAGUUGCAAGAAAUUUUAGAUAUAGCAAGAUCAUUAUUGGCGGAAAUUCAACAGCAUGAAGCAGACCCCGAAAUUGAAGAAAAACAAGGAAAGUUGGAACAGUUGAAAGGGGUUUUAGAGAUGUAUGGACAUUUCUCAGGAAUAAAUAGGAAAGUACAAAUGAAAUAUCAACCUAAAGGUCGUCCACGAGGUUCAAGUUCAGAUGAUGUAGAUAAACCAGCUGAACCAUCAUUAGUGUUGAUUUUGAAGUGGGGAGGAGAAUUAACUCCGGCUGGUAGAAUACAGGCAGAAGAAUUGGGACGUAUAUUCCGAUGCAUGUAUCCUGGUGGACAAGGUAGACAUCUGGCCGGAGAAUACUCAGGAGCCCAAGGAUUGGGUUUAUUGAGACUUCAUUCUACAUUCCGACAUGACCUCAAAAUAUAUGCAUCUGAUGAAGGAAGGGUACAAAUGACUGCAGCGGCUUUCGCGAAGGGGCUGCUUGCUUUAGAAGGGGAGUUAACCCCGAUAUUAGUUCAAAUGGUAAAAAGCGCAAACACUAAUGGACUUCUAGAUAACGACUGUGAUAGCAGUAAAUAUCAAAACAUGUGUAAAUCCAGGUUACAUGAACUGAUGCAAUUGGACCGUGAUUUUACUCAAGAAGAUAGGGAUAUGAUUAAUCCAUGCAAUUCUUCAAGCAUAGCAGCUGCUUUGGAAUUCGUGAAAAACCCUGUUAAAUGUUGUAAACAUGUUCACUCGUUAAUAAAAUCUUUGAUGGAAAUUGUUCAGAUAAAAAAAGAUGACAGUAAAACCAAAGAUGCCGUUCUUUAUCAUGGAGAAACAUGGGAACUGAUGGGACGGCGUUGGGGAAAAAUUGAAAAAGACUUUUUUACCAAAAACAAGACAUUUGAUAUAAGCAAGAUACCUGAUAUAUAUGAUUGUAUUAAAUACGAUCUUCAGCAUAAUCAGCAUACUUUACAAUUCGAACAAGCUGAGGAGCUGUAUUUGUAUGCUAAAUAUUUGGCUGACAUAGUUAUACCACAGGAAUAUGGGCUUUCUGCUCAGGAAAAAUUGACUAUAGGACAAGGCAUAUGCACUCCGUUGUUGAAGAAAGUUAAAGCUGAUUUACAGAGAAACAUUGAGGAGAAUGAAGAGACUGUUAAUAGGUUGAAUCCUAGAUACUCCCAUGGUGUGUCAAGUCCAGGUAGACAUGUACGAACAAGACUGUAUUUCACUAGUGAAAGUCAUGUACACUCUUUGAUAACUGUUUUAAGGCAUGGAGGAUUAUUAGAUAUAACUAAUGACGAGCAAUGGCGGAGGGCUAUGGAGUAUGUCUCCAUGGUAUCAGAGCUUAAUUAUAUGUCCCAAGUUGUAAUUAUGUUGUAUGAAGAUCCAACCAAAGAUCCUUCAAGUGAAGAAAGAUUCCAUGUGGAACUCCACUUUAGCCCUGGUGUGAAUUGUUGUGUCCAGAAGAAUCUGCCUCCUGGUCCUGGAUUCAGACCCCAUUCAAGGAAUGAAUCGUCUAGUACUAAAUCUUCUAGUUCUAAUAAUUCAGCUACACCUACUCCUCCAGAGGAUGCUAAAAGCCAAUGUUCGUUAAGGAUAGAUGAGGAGAGUGAAUCAACUCUAGAUGAAGAUAAACCUACCUCAAAAUCAUCAGUAGAAACAUUAGAAUCCAAAUACAAUAACUCUUUAUUUUCACCUAUCAAUUCCGGGAAUCGCAAAUACCGAGUCAAAACUAGUGAUCCUAUUCCUAUUGGAAAUUCUCAUACGGUUUGUGGACAUGAGGCAGCCCAUUUGGCGAAGAAAUUAAAUGAAGAACUUGCCCAACAAGGAAAACGUAAGAAUGGUAAAAAUUACAUGGCAAAUAGAACGUUAAGUCCCGAUCCAGAACCAAGAUCGAAAAGUUAUGACAACAAGAGUCCAAAAAAAGAGAAAGAACAAUCUGAGGAUGAUCAAUCUCACAUAUCUCUACCUCAAGUGCCUAUAAUAAUAAUAAAUCCACCAAAUUCUCCCAAUGUCAAAGCAAGACCAAAACUAGUGUCUCAAAGAUCACUUUCAAGUACAAGUACAAUCGAUUUAGAUACCCAAACAUUAACUGAUAUUAACAGCCAGUCUAAACCACAAAGUUCUACAAAUGAAUUACCUCUGACUGAAUUGAAUUUAGAGAUUUUCACAUCGAAUCAAAAAGAUCGUUCAAAUUCUAGGAUGAGUACAAACGAAUUGCCCAUGAGUGAUAUUACAUUCAGGCCGCGCAGUAAUACAUUUUAUGCAGAAGAAAUAAUAAACAAAUUUGAUAACGAAUGCAAGUUUCGUAAGUACAAACAGAGAUCAUUCUCGGAUCCAAAUAUUCUCGAUAAAGAACUUGUAUGCUGCUCGGAUGGAUCAUGUUGGUUAGAAAAAAAUAAUGACGCUUCAACUGUAGAUGAGAACAUUUUGGAAGGUUCAGCCGAUGAUUCCGUGUCGGUUUGCUUAUGUGACAAUUUGUGGUUUCGACGGGCUCCCUCAACUCUUUUGUCUUUCUUGACAUCUCCGCCUAACACCAUGUAUCCCAAACAAGUACGAUCCACCUCGCAACCAUCAUCACCUGGUGUGACAUCAAAUCCUUGCAUGUCCUAUACAGAAUCGAACAGCUCACCAGAAAAGCGCCAUCGUCAUAGUAUAGCCGGUCAGAUGAAUUACUUCAGGGUGAUUCAGACUCCUACAUUUGGCUGGGAUUGUCCAUUUCCAUUCAAGAGGACCACUUUGGGGAGCACCAACUCUUUGUUUAGUACCGCUGUAAUUUCGGGAAGUUCCAGCGCGCCGAAUCUAAGGGAUAUGAUCCCUAGCGCCACCAGCGUUUCCGGUUUGGAAGGAUUUGGUGGAGUUCCACCUAUUAGGCCAUUGGAAACUUUACAUAACGCUCUGUCACUCCGACAAAUCGACACAUUUUUGGACCGCAUGACUAAAGCUUCAUUUCUCAAAACUCCAUCAUCUACACCUCCGAAAUAUCCAUCUACACCGUUGCCAACCCCUGUAGGCUCUCAAUCUACAUCAACAACUUUAUCGUCUCUUGGAGAACAACCAUUGAAGAGUCCUUGCAAUAGUGGAGUUUGGAGUGGACCACCUAGUUAUGUAUCUAGCAGCGGUCAGUCCUCUCCAGGUUUAUCAGAAACAAAUUCAAAGGAAAGCAGUGAUUUAUCUUCCAGUGCGAUCAGUUAUGAUGGAUUAACUAUGGAUAAUAUUUCAAAAAUAUUCCCAAAUAUGGCUGCCGAAUUAGAUGAAGAUUUGGGAAAUGUUAGAAUUCAACUUGAUUCUCAACAAAAAUCACAGGAAGAUGAACUACUGGAAUAUUUUGGAAGAUACAAUCUGGAAGAAAUUGAAUCCACAACACCUAUAUCAGAUCCAGAAAUCGUUCUAUCAAAAAAGGAGUUUCCAGAAAAUAAGGUUUUAGACAUAGAACACAUGUUUAACAAUGCAGUUCCUGACAAAGGUGAUAAUUUGAGUAUUAACAGCUUGAAAUCAAACAAUAUUACAAAUAAUGAAAACAAAUACCAAGACAAAGCUGCUUCUCCAGUAAAUUUACAAAGUCAACAUCCAACAGACUGGUAUUUAAAAUUGAAGACAAAUCACAAUAAAGGACAGAUGGAGAAGAAUAAGAUUACCAGUUAUAAUAGUAGUAUCAGCGAAAUAAAUUGCACUCUAAAUUCAAAGAUUUCCACUUCUGGACUUGGUUCUGAUAAGUGGGUAUCUGAAAAGGAAAAGUUUUUGGAAAAUUCAACAAUCAAAAAUGAGAAUUAUGUUGAUAAUACCAAUCGUAAAGAAAAUCAAAAAUUAGGAGCAGUAAUGAUUAAAGAAAGUUUCAUUGAACUACCUCGAAUAGGUAGAAUUUCUAGAAGUUUUCAUGGAAAAUCUCCAAGCAAAGACAGCUAUUUAGAGAUUGAUUCUACACCUAGAAGAGCAAGUGAUAAUAUGGUAAACCUAACAAGUACGUUUCUGAAUUCUAAGCCAUUAAAUUUAAAAAAUAUGGAUCUAAUGCAAGGAGAUAAAUCAAAACACACAAGACCAAAGUUCUGCACUCAAAAAUCGCAACCAUGUCCUGUUGCUUCAAAGGAAGAAUUUAGAAAAUCUUCACUAUCAGAUCCUCAAAAUUUGAAAGGAGCAAGAUUUACAACGACUAUAGUCGAUGAGAGUGCUUUUAUGGAAAAUUUCAAAUCAAACAGCAAAAAUAAUAAAUAGAAUUAUUAAUGUAAUAAAAUUGGAAAUAGAGUCUAACCAUAGA